CCCCCUGAAGCGCGCACUCGAGCAAUGUCCACAACAAACGCGGACAGAAGGACAACUGGAGGAAAAGCGGACUGUCAAACACUAUUUUAAAAUAAGAUCUACAGCAGAAACAUAUAUUUAAUCACGUCCUCAGGAUGGCAGAUGCGGAGGAAAAAACCAAUAGCUGUGGGACAGUAUGCCUCAAAUACCUUCUGUUCGUCUUCAAUCUUCUCUUUUGGUUGGCAGGUGGCGCUGUGAUGGCAGUGGGGAUAUGGACUCUGGUGGAUAAAAGCGACUACAUCAGCCUUCUGUCCUCCAACACCUACAUGGUCGCAGCCUUCAUUUUGAUUGGCGCAGGUGCUGUCGUCGUGUUCACCGGGAUUUUGGGCUGCUGCGCCACUAUCAGGGAACAAAGAAGUCUUCUUAUAGUGUUCUUUAUCCUGUUGUUGUUAAUCUUCCUACUGGAGAUCACAGCUGGAGUUUUAGCUUACGUCUAUUAUCAGGAGUGUUUUCCUCUCUGCUACCAGCUGAAUGCUGAGCUGAGAGCCGAUCUGAAGGAAAGGAUGGUGGAAAACUACCAGCAACCUGGACAAGAGCACAUCACCAGAGCCAUCGACAAUCUGCAGCAAGACCUGAAGUGUUGCGGCAGUAACAGCUCAGCAGACUGGCAGGACGGGGCCUGGAUACAGACCUAUGCUGACAGACGCCUGGUGCCCGACAGCUGCUGCAAGACCCCCUCGGUGGGCUGUGGAGUCAGAGACCACCCAUCCAACAUCUAUAAAGUGGAGGGUGGUUGUAUAUCCAAACUAGAGGAGUUUAUUCUUCAACAUCUGCUUAUUUUGGGCUCUGUGGGUCUUGGGAUUGCAUUUAUUCAGAUUGUGGGCAUGAUAUUUACCUGCUGCCUGUAUCGAAGUUUGAAAGAAGAAAUAUACUGAGAAAGAGGACACUGUUAUUCCCGCAACACCAAAUAAGCCUUUCUGCAGCCUGCUACUGUAGUUUGAAUGUGCUGUGUGUUAUGAAUGUGUCAUAAUAAUGCAGGAUGAUGGGUCAAUACGUCUUGGCUGCAGGACAGUCGCUCUGAAAAGGGAUCUGCAUCUACAAUGUCUUGUUUCGGGCAAAUAUUUUGGAUGCACACUAUUUGAUUUAUUCUGAACACAUAACUAUAAGGGUUUUGUUUUUCUUCAGCAAAUUCCUUCCAGUGCAUUCUGGGUUACGCCAUUUAUAAUAAUCAUAAUUUCCAGUUACAAAUAUCAUCACGAGUCAUCUUUAUUACUUUAAUUUUGAAAUUAAAUGUGAAUUUCUACAUGUUUUGUGUGUGAAAUUUCAAAAUUAUUUAUUUGCAUCAAAUGACAGAAAUACUGAAGGCAUUCACUGUAUCUGAAGUAUAAUAGAAUAUAAAGAAAUUAAAUACAUAUAAAAAAUGUUCAUAAUAAACAAGUCUGCAAUUG